AUGUCCAAGAGAGGCAUGGGCAGCCGGGCCAAGGGGGACAAGGCGGAGGCCCUCGCGGCGCUGCAGGCGGCCAACGAGGAGCUUCGAGCCAAGCUCACAGACAUCCAGAUCGAGCUGCAGCAGGAGAAGAGCAAGGUUAGCAAAGUGGAACGCGAGAAAAACCAGGAGCUGCGGCAGGUGCGCGAGCAUGAGCAGCACAAGACUGCGGUCUUGCUCACGGAGCUCAAGACGAAGCUGCACGAGGAGAAGAUGAAGGAGCUACAGGCCGUGCGUGAGACGCUGCUGCGGCAGCAUGAAGCCGAGCUGCUCAGGGUCAUCAAGAUCAAGGACAACGAGAACCAGCGGCUGCAGGCGCUGCUCAGUGCCCUGCGUGAUGGUGGCCCUGACAAGGUCAAGACCGUGCUGCUGUCCGAGGCCAAGGAGGAGGCCAAGAAGGGGUUCGAGGUGGAGAAGGUCAAGAUGCAGCAGGAGAUCACCGAGCUCAAGGGCGCCAAGAGGCAGGUGGAGGAGGCGCUGACGCUGGUGAUUCAGGCGGACAAGAUCAAGGCCGCGGAGAUCCGCAGUGUGUACCACCUACACCAGGAGGAGAUCACCCGCAUCAAGAAGGAGUGUGAGCGGGAGAUCCGCAGGCUGAUGGAGGAGAUAAAAUUUAAAGACAGAGCAGUCUUCGUGCUGGAGAGAGAGUUAGGGGUUCAAGCCGGGCAUGCUCAGAGACUGCAGCUCCAAAAAGAGGCUCUAGAUGAGCAGCUGUCCCAGGUCCGAGAGGCCGACCGGCACCCGGGCAGCCCCAGACGGGAACUUCCUCAUGCAGCCGGUGCAGGAGACGCUUCAGACCACUCGGGAAGCCCUGAACAGCAGUUGGAUGAAAAAGAUGCCCGGCGCUUCCAGCUUAAAAUUGCAGAGUUAAGUGCGAUUAUCCGCAAACUGGAGGACCGCAACGCCUUGCUGUCGGAAGAGAGGAAUGAGCUGUUAAAGCGUGUAAGAGAAGCCGAGAGUCAGUACAAGCCACUGCUGGAUAAAAACAAGCGCCUCAGUCGGAAGAAUGAGGAUUUGUCUCACGCUUUACGCCGAAUGGAAAACAAGUUAAAAUUCGUCACCCAGGAGAACAUAGAAAUGAGACAGAGAGCUGGAAUCAUACGGAGACCCAGUUCCUUGAAUGACCUUGAUCAAAGUCAGGAUGAGAGAGAAGUCGAUUUCUUGAAGCUUCAGAUUGUGGAGCAGCAAAACCUCAUAGAUGAACUAUCUAAGACCCUUGAGACCGCCGGCUAUGUGAAGAGCGUGUUAGAGCGGGACAAGCUGUUAAGAUUCCGGAAGCAAAGAAAGAAAAUGGCAAAACUUCCCAAGCCGGUUGUUGUGGAGACCUUCUUUGGAUACGAUGAAGAGGCCUCCCUGGAAUCCGACGGUUCCUCCAUCUCUUACCAAACAGACAGGACGGACCAGACCCCGUGCACCCCGGAUGACGACUUGGAGGAGGGCAUGGCCAAGGAGGAGACGGAGCUGAGGUUCCGGCAGCUGACCAUGGAGUACCAGGCCCUGCAGCGCGCCUAUGCCUUGUUGCAGGAGCAGGUCGGAGGGACGCUGGAUGCAGAGCGAGAAGUUAAGACCCGUGAGCAGCUACAAGCCGAAGUGCAGAGGGCACAGGCACGGAUCGAGGACCUGGAGAAGGCCCUGGCAGAGCAGGGGCAGGAUAUGAAGUGGAUUGAAGAAAAGCAGGCGCUGUACCGGAGAAAUCAAGAGCUUGUGGAAAAGAUCAAACAAAUGGAGACGGAAGAGGCUCGGCUUAGACACGAGGUGCAGGAUGCCAGAGACCAAAAUGAGCUGCUGGAGUUCAGGAUCCUGGAGCUUGAGGAGAGGGAGAGGAAGUCACCCGCCAUCAACUUCCACCACACGCCCUUCGUGGAUGGGAAGAGCCCCCUCCAGGUGUACUGCGAGGCCGAAGGCGUGACUGACAUUGUGGUCGCGGAGCUGAUGAAGAAGCUGGACAUCCUGGGCGAUAACGCCAACCUGACCAAUGAGGAGCAGGUGGUUGUCAUACAAGCCAGGACGGUCCUGACCUUGGCCGAAAAGUGGCUCCAGCAGAUUGAGGAGACAGAGGCGGCACUGCAGCGGAAGAUGGUGGAUCUGGAGAGUGAGAAGGAGCUGUUCAGUAAGCAGAAGGGCUACCUGGACGAGGAGCUGGACUACCGGAAACAGGCCUUGGACCAGGCCCACAAGCACAUCCUGGAGCUGGAAGCCAUGCUGUAUGACGCCCUGCAGCAGGAGGCCGGGGCCAAGGUGGCUGAACUGCUGUCGGAGGAGGAGCGCGAGAAGCUCAAGGUGGCCGUGGAGCAGUGGAAACGCCAGGUUAUGAGUGAGCUGCGCGAGCGGGAUGCCCAGAUCCUGCGGGAGCGCAUGGAGCUGCUGCAGCUGGCUCAGCAGAGAAUUAAAGAGUUAGAAGAAAGAAUAGAAGCUCAGAAGAGACAAAUAAAGGAACUGGAGGAAAAGUUUUUAUUUUUGUUCUUAUUUUUCUCCUUAGCUUUCAUUCUCUGGUCAUAGUCCAUCUUGGCACCCUAACGUGCCCCACGUUGAAUUGGACCCUUUUCCUCCAGUGGGACCUGAGAGCAGGGACAAAACGGGACGUCGCGUCUCCAUCCUGAAGACCCAGGGGGUCUUGGUCUCUGCACGCCCGUCCCGUGGAGGAAGAGUGAGAAGGGGCAGCACGUGCAGCGCAAGCUGCCGUCCGCGUGGGAUGCGCCAGGACUAGAACUGGCUCUGCCGACUCUCGGGGGCUUCUCUGGGAGAGGCCCGGCCUUGGCUGCUGGACCCUGGUCCCUCCUCCUGGACGGCAGUCCCCAUCCCAGUUCCAGGGAUGUGCAGCAUUCCCUGCCAAGCAGGGGUGAGAACUGCUUCUGUGUGAAGCACCAGCCUCGGGUCCUCUCCUCUCUCUUGGUCCUCAAAUAGUUGCCACCAGUGUCUGGAGGAAGAUUUUCAGAAACGACAGAGGCGUGGCCCAGUGACAAGAUGAAGGCUGUGACUGAGCCGCCUGGAUGGUGACCUUCAUUCAAGGAGGCUCCCUGGAUGGUCCUGGGAGGGGUCCCCAACACCUCAGUGGCCCCUCCAGUGCUGCAAUGUGUUGCUGGGGUCCUGAACACC